AUGGAGUCCCAAGAGACGGCAAAGCGCCCCAUCGAGGAGCCCGGCGACGCUGUUGCGGUUCAAGAUGCCGAGCCAGCAACCAAGCGCGUCAAGCUGGACGAUGCCCCCGCCCCCCAAGCCCAAGAAGAGCCCUCGCAACCUCAGACUGAAACUCAACCUCAGCCUCAAACUGAAGGCGACAAGCCAAAGGAGCAACGGCAAGAUGACAGGGAUAAGCGAAGGGGCAUUGCUCCCAUCAAGGCAGAGUAUCUCGUUGUGCCUCCAAGCCAAGUCGCCAAAACCGCCGAGGUAGUUGAUGAUGAUGCUGCUGAGGGAAGGACUGCCCCUGAUGCUGAGACCGGUGCCGCUGGAAAAGACGGAAAGAAGAAGAGGCCAAAGGGUCAGAAUAAGGAGCGUGAGUUCGGUAUCUUUGCCGAUGCUCAGCGCCUCUGCAACUCUGUUGCGUGGACGCCUGAGUUCUCUCCUCGGAACUGCAAGCACGGCGAUCGUUGCAACGCUCUUCACGACAUCCGAAAGUACCUCAAGGAGGGCCGUCGUCCCGACCUCAAAGUCUUUGGAGGCAAGUGCCCGGUCUGGGAGACCCAUGGCAAGUGUUCAUCUGGCUGGCGUUGCCUCUUCGUCGAGAGUCACAUGAAGGAGAUUGAGCACGAGGAUGGCCGAAAGGAGUUGGUUCUCACUGAGGACCCUUCCAAGAUCAAGCCCGAGACUACCCCUUCAGUACCACCCGAGGAGGAGUCGAUGGAUGCCAGGGCCGGUGUUUACAACGUUGUCGCCCCAGCUGUUAAGCUCGCCCUGUCAAGGAAAAAGAUCCAGCACGAAAAGUCCGACCAAUACCUCAAAUGGAUGGCCAAGGACUCCGAGCUCGCCCGCAUUCAUUACCACAAACAGAAGGACGACGACGACGUGGCCAAGGACUAUGCGGCUAUGUACGUCGAGCCUCCCCUUAAGCCAUCAGAAAAGCGAAGGAUCUACUUCGGCCGCGAGACCCCCGUGCUCGCCCCCCUGACCACCCAAGGAAAUCUGCCUUUCCGCCGUCUCUGCGUAGAGCUGGGAGCCGAAAUCACCUACUCCGAAAUGGCCCUUGGCCUCCCUCUCCUCCAAGGUCAAAAGGCCGACUGGACCUUGAUGCGCGCCCACGAGAGCGAAAUCACCCCUCCUCGCUAUACACCGACCGGCAUGGUCGACCCCUUAUACGACAACUCCAAGGACCUCAAGUUCGGCGUGCAAAUCACCGCCAACGCCCCCUGGAUCGCCAUCAAGUCCGCCGAGACCCUCUCUCGCUAUCUCCCCCACCUCCGCGUCAUCGAUCUCAACUGCGGCUGCCCUAUCGACAUGGUCUACAAGUCCGGCGCCGGCUCCGCCUUGCUCGAUGCCCCGUCCAAGCUCGAGCGUAUGAUCCGCGGCAUGAACACCGUCUCGGGCGAGGUGCCCGUAACCGCCAAGAUCCGCAUGGGCAUCCGCGACGACCGCCUGACAGCCCAAAAGCUCGUCGAGCGUCUCGCGCUCGGCGCUCCCGAUAUCCGUGCCGUCUCUGGCGCCCCCGGCUGCGCGGCCGUUACGCUGCACGGUCGCACCCGCCAGCAGCGGUACACUAAGGCCGCGGACUGGAGCUACAUCGCUGAGUGCGCGGCGCUGGUCAAGUCGUUCAACAAGACGUCCAACUCGCUUCAGGACACGAUCCGCGAAGCCGACGAAAGGACACUCCCCAACGGCGGACGCAUGUACUUCGUCGGCAACGGCGACUGCUACUCGCACGUGGAUUACUUCAACCACGUCGACAACGCCGGUGUGGACAGUGUCAUGGUGGGCCGCGGCGCCAUCAUCAAGCCGUGGAUCUUUGAGGAGAUCAGCGCGGGCCAGUACCUGGAUAAGUCGGCGACCGAGCGGUUGGCGUACGUGGAGAAGUUUGCCAAGUACGGCAUGGAGGCGUGGGGAUCGGAUGAGUUGGGACUCAACUAUACCCGACGCUUCCUGCUGGAGUUCUUGAGCUUCUUCCAUCGUUAUGUGCCGAUUGGUUUGCUGGAGUACUUGCCUCCUGCUAUGAAUGAUAGGCCGCCGGCGUAUAAGGGUAGGAAUGAGCUCGAGACGUUGUUGGCUAGUAAGAAUUAUCUGGAUUGGAUUAAGAUCAGUGAGAUGUUCCUCGGCCCUGCUCCUCCCAACUUCAAGUUUCAGCCCAAGCACAAGUCCAACGCCUACGAGAACAUCGAGGCCGAGGGUUAA